UUUCACUGUCGAGUUGUAUUUAAAAAAUAUAUUAUCUUCAAUUAAUAAAUAUAGUUUCGCAAAGAAACAAAGUUGAAAUGAGAUUAGGAAAUACUAAAUGUAGCUAAAUACAGUCAAAUCUUCUUUAGAUAUAUUGAUCUAAACAUUAUGUAUUGAACAGUAUUAUGACCUUGUCUGUAUGAAAGCACUGUAAGGUCGAACAUUUCAUAUAUUUUUUAUCAUCAGAAGGGAAAAGAUCUCAACAAAGCAGCAUCAAAGUAAUUAUUCACCAACAAGGUGCCUUCAUUUUAUAAUAUUUUUGAAGUGAGGGAAAUCUGAUGAUUUCUGACCAAGUUCUUUCAUUAAUUCAUCUAUUUGACUUAAACAAAUGUAACAUAAAUAAAUAAACAAGCAACAGAUUAGAAAUCAUCUGUUCAAGAGUAUGAUAGUCACUAUAGUGGCCAAAGAAACAAUGCAGAUAGGACACUUUUCUGAAAAAACUUAUCUUUUCAUUUCUCUUGCUAGAGAUGUCUUGAUUAGGUAUUAGAAUAAUUCUGCAUCUAAUAACAGUCUCAAGGCAUUUUCGUUGUCUUGAAUGUGACUACAUGAUUUAUCCUUGACUGAUAGAUGACUAGGUGUCUUGAUCGUAGCUAGUGCAUUGUGCCUUUUUGAUUUAUUAGUAAUGUCUAUCAAAUGCGCCUAAGCUAUUUUUCUUUCAAAAAAAACAUCAACUUAGAGGUGUUUUUUUGAAAACAUUAAGGUGUCUAACAGUAAAAAGAUGAGAAAAUGCAUCUGACGUGCCUUCCAAACGCACUGUGGACGCGUGUUGAAGUCAGCCGAGUAGUUUAUCAAGACAUAUUUCUUUUGACAGUGUAAUAAUUUAUAUCGAAAACAAGAUUUUCGAAAUGAAAGAUAGUAAUUUAUUGAUUUACAUUAGAUAUUCUGUAAAGAAGUCGACAUUUUCAUUUCAAAAUGACUUUUUGUUAUCUCUAAAUUAUUUUUGAAAGGAAACUAGUAUCAAUAAAUAGUGUACUAUUAUUUUAAGAAUUGAAUUUUUCCAAACACUAACAAUUUAGACUGAUUUUGUAGUAACUAAAUCUUUAUCAAUAAAAAAUUAUAUUACUGUACAAAUGAAUCAAAAUGAUUUUUACUACAAAAUCUCUUUGUAGGAAAAAGGAAAAAAAUUAUUCAGGUCAUCUCACACGAAUAACUUCGCAUUAUAUUUAUUCAAUUAAUCCAAAAUUUCGUUUAACUUUAAAAUUAUAUUUAGCAUAUUAUUUUCGUCGUUGUAGAAUUAAACGUCGUCGAGCAUUUACAUAUUUUAAUUUAAGACGUAAAAAAACAAAUGAUUCUCUUGAUGGUUUAAGUAUACAAAAUGAUCCAUAUAUGAAUAGAUGUACAAUGUUAUCACCUAAUUAUUGUUAUGCAAGUAGUUUAAGAAAUCCAAAUAAUUAUUUGAAACAAUUACAAGAAAUGUCACAAAAUCAUAGUUCAGAAAAAUCUUAUGUUUGGCACGAUAUUGAACAAAAACUAAAACAUACACAUAAAACACGCUAUCUACAUUAA